AUGAGUUCGAGGGAUCAUCGAGUCGAAGAGGCUCUUCAGCAACUCGAGCAUCUGCAGCUCCUCAUGUCCAUGAGACCCAUUUACCUCCAUCACGGAGCAACCCAGGAAGCCCAGAAGAAACCCAUAGAAGAUGAACUCGACGUGUUCGAUGAAAUGCAGCCGUGGGACCGGUCCUCUGUGGAGGUUCACAUUUCUGAACCCAAUUUUGAACUUACAGUUACGUAUAUGGAAUCUACAGGAGACGAGGAAGGAACCAAGAAUUUCAAAAUACUGCUAUUAUUCUCUGGAAAUGAUUAUUUGGGUUUGGGUUCACAUCCUACUAUUGGAAAAGCUGCUUCUAAGGCAGCCCUACAACAUGGAAUGGGCCCCAGGGUUUCUGCUUUAAUCUGUGGAUAUACCGAUUACCAUAGACGACUAGAGUCGGGCCUGGCAGACUUACAGAAUAAGGAGGAUUGCCUCCUUUGUCCCACGGGAUUUGCAGCCAACGUGGCCUUGAUGGUAGCUUUGGGAAGCGUUGGCUCUCUCUUGGCUGCUGACAAAACACCUUUAACUCAUGAAAAGGUUGCCAUUUUUUCUGAUGCACUGAACCAUGUGUCGAUAAUCGAUGGAAUUCGUCUUGCCCAACGACAAAAAUCUGUAGAGAUUUUUAUCUAUAGACAUUGUGACAUGACUUACCUUAAUGACUUAUUAUCAAGUUGCACAAUGAGGAAGAAAGCCGUCGUGACUGAUAGCUUGUUUAGUAUGGAUGGAGACUUUGCACCAAUGAUUGAGCUGGUGAAGAUACGCAAGGAGCAUGACUUUCUAUUAGUUAUUGACGAUGUAACUCAUGGAACAUUCGUUUGUGGGAAAAAUGGUGGCGGAUCUUUCAGAGCUCUGUUGUUGACUGUGAAAAAGAGGAACUUAAGCACUUACCCAACAACAUCACCGCUGGCAACAUGGAGCCUCAUCUUCAGAUUACAGGAUGCAAUAGUGUCAAAAGAUGUAUCUAGCACCAUACUGGUGGGUGCGUUAAGUUCUCUUGGUGUGCUGAGAUCAACUUUCCAUGCAUAUAAUAGGAGCAUUUCAGAAGAGAGUUUGUGA